GCUGCUAUGAUUUGAUCGGAGAGCCUUCAAAUUCAAAUCCUUCUUCUCCUUAUUAUUAUUAUCCGACCCGUCCGGUUUGUCGCCGAUUCGAUUUCUUUGAUUGAUUGAUUGAUUGAUGCGUCUGCCCCCCUCUGUGUCACCCUGCGUAAGAUCUUGCGUCAAUUCAGACGUUACUAAUGCUGUCAUGCCAUGGCUUAUGCGAUUCGAGAUGUAUUGAGUAAUAAAUUGGUUUAGAACCAGGGGGUCUCAAUUUGAGUUGAUCAGGCUUCUUGCUCCACAUGGUGCACGCUGCUGUUUCGCGCAGCCAAGAAGGUCUGGCGGAAUCGCCCGAGCUUCAGCUUAACGCAUUGCGAGUCCUUUUCGGCUCUAUGGAUAAGCAGGAGCCAGUAGCCAAUGUCGAACAAAAGAUAGGUCUCUCUGAGAAGCCUAAGGAGCAGCCUGUUGCCAGUAAGGAUGAGAAAGCAGCUGUACCACCAAUUUCAGUUGAUUCAAAUGCUAUCGAUCUACCAAGUGAAGGCCAAACCCAAGCUGGCACAUCCAACAUGGAUGGGGGCCAUAAUGGUGCACACAACUUCUAUGCUUCUCAGGCACAGCCAUUCUAUUACCAAGGCUCCGGAUAUGAAAACACUCCACAAGAAUGGGACACAUAUCCUCCCUACAUGAGUGUCGAAGGAUUGGAAGUGGGCCCACCAGUUGUAUACAAUGAGGACCCCUCAUUGAUGUUCCAUGGUGGCUAUGGUUAUGACCCAUAUGCUCAUUAUUCUCCUAUUGCAACACCUGUACCGACUGCUGUUAGUGGAGAUGGUCAGCUCUACUCCCCUCAGCAGUUCUCCUUCUCGGCUCCUUACUACCAGCAGUCAGUACCACCUGGCAUGCCAUAUUUAAGCUCUCCUACUCCAAUAUCACAGGGUGAUACAAAUACAAUGAUGCCGAUUGACCCAACACAAGGAGCUUUUAUCGCUGAUACCCUGAGUCCAAACAGCUUCCUGUUUGGCCCAAGACCUGAAUGGUUCAGAUCUUCAGAAGGAACUGGGUCAUUUCCAUCACCUGCAGCUUCACCUCAACCUUCUAGUGGUGUUCCAGGGACCUAUGGCCAAAGCAACUUUCCAAUGGCUUCAGGAAUGGCAUCGCCUCACCAGAAGCCCUUCUAUGGUUUGGGAUCCACAGCUGACUCCUACGGAAGGGGUUUUUCUCAUGGUGGAAUGUUCCCACAGGCCAGCAAUUAUGGAGGAUCCUUCACCAGCUUUGGCUUUAAUGGUAGAAGUUCGAUCUCGAUCGAGAAAGGGCGUAGGAGGGGAAGGGGUAAUGCACUUAUUUGCAGCUGCAAUGGCCCACUUGACUUUCUUAAUGAGCAAAGUCGGGGUCCACGUGCUACUAAGCCUAAGAAGCAACCAGAGGUUGACAGUAAGGAUGAGAAGCCUACCACAGGAGUUGGUCGUGAGUCAUACAACAAGCCUGACUUUGUUACAGAGUACAUGAAUGCCAGGUUUUUCAUCAUAAAAUCAUACAGUGAAGAUAAUGUGCACAAGAGUGUAAAAUAUGGUGUUUGGGCUAGCACCACAAAUGGAAACAAGAAACUGGACUUAGCAUAUCGUGAAGCUAAGGAGAAGGAAGAGCACUGUCCCAUUUUUCUGUUAUUUUCGGUGAAUGCCAGUGCACAAUUCUGUGGUGUUGCUGAGAUGAUUGGACCAGUGGACUUUGAGAAAAGUGUGGAUUACUGGCAGCAAGAUAAGUGGACUGGUCAAUUCCCUGUGAAGUGGCACAUAGUGAAGGAUGUCCCCAAUAAUCUUUUCCGGCAUAUAAUUCUUGAAAACAACGACAAUAAACCUGUAACAAACAGCCGAGAUACACAGGAGGUGAAACUAGAGCAAGGACUGGAGAUGCUGAAGAUCUUUAAGAACCAUGAUGAUGAUGCAUCAAUCCUUGAUGACUUUGACUUUUAUGAGGAGCGUGAGAAAGCACUGCAGGAAAAUAAGGCACGCCUGCAUCAGCAACAUCUACCCAGUUCUAUUGUUGUUGAGCCCAAGAAACCCUUGACUGUACCCACUGACCUCGUGAGCCAUAUCACCAAGAGUUUUGCUCAGGCUGUGCGGCUUGGUGAGGCCAAGACUGUAAGCCCUUUGGCUGAGAAAGUUUCUGGCGGUGAUUCGUCUAUUCCUGUGAAGCCUGUUGAAGUUAAGCAGAGUGGUUUAUCUUAGGAACUCUUGAUCGAUGUUAUUGAACUGUACUCAAAACAUCAUCCAUACGGUUCCUGAUCAAAAUAUCAGGAAUGCAUAUACAGAUGGAUGAUGAUGAUGAAACCUAAGACAUCGGCAAAGAUGGCUUCUUGCGCUUUUGGUCAAGCAUGCAUGUACACUAGGGUAGGUCUUUGCCAACCUUGGAAGCAUAGUUUCUUGAAUAGUUUCUCUCUCUUUUUUUCUUCCUCUUCCUAGUAUUCCUCUCCUUCUCUCUGCAUCAUAUGAUGAUUCCUUAGUGUCUAGCCUUAAGGGGAGGUGCAGUUUUUGUGCAAGCCUCUGUAAGUUUCCUGUUCCAUCGCAUAUGAAUAAGGCCUUUUUUUGCUUCUUUUUAUUUAAGUAAAAAAUCCCUCUUUUAUCUACUAUUCUGUGGCAGUUUUAUUAUACUAUGUCACCUAUUCACUAUGUAAGCAAAAACAUAUAAACGCUAUCCAGGUGACCUGGUUGUGAUGACUGCAGUAAUAAGUAACUGAAUGAUUGUUUAUGUU